AUGCCUUUUAAUUUUACAGGUUUAAAAAAGCAGGUGGUAAAUCCUGGGAAGGAGGAGGUGAAGAACACCGUGGGAGACUCUUUAGGAAAGCUGCAGAGGAAAAUAGAUGGUAGUAAUGUAGAGGAAGAGGAGAAUUUGGAACUGACGGAGGAUGGCCGGCCCGUGGCGUCAGCAGCCCUUCCUGCCCCUUUGCUAGACUGCAGCUGUGGGGGUUUGCCAAAGCGUUACAUUAUCGCUAUCCUGAGCGGACUGGGCUUCUGCAUCUCCUUUGGCAUCCGAUGCAACCUGGGUGUGGCUAUUGUGGAGAUGGUGAACAACAACACUGUCUAUAUCAAUGGGACCCCAGUGAUUCAGAAAGCUCAGUUUAACUGGGACCCAGAGACCGUGGGAUUGAUCCAUGGAUCCUUUUUCUGGGGCUAUAUCGUCACUCAGAUUCCAGGCGGAUUCAUUUCCAACAAGCUUUCUGCCAACAGGGUAUUUGGUGCUGCCAUUUUUCUCACAUCACUGCUGAACAUGUUCAUCCCAUCAGCUGCGAGGGUGCAUUAUGGCUGUGUCCUGUUUGUACGCAUCUUACAGGGGUUAGUAGAGGGGGUCACCUACCCAGCAUGUCACGGGAUGUGGUCCAAGUGGGCGCCACCUCUUGAACGUAGUCGACUGGCGACCACCUCAUUCUGCGGAUCCUACGCUGGAGCAGUGAUCGCUAUGCCUUUAGCAGGAAUCCUGGUUCAGUACGUCGGCUGGCCAUCAGUCUUCUAUAUCUACGGGGUAUUUGGGAUCCUGUGGUAUAUCCUAUGGCUCCUGCUGGCCUAUGGGAGUCCUGCUCAACAUCCCACAAUCACAGAGGAAGAGAGACUGUACAUCGAGUCUGCCAUCGGGGAAACAGUCAAUCAGCUGAGUGUUACACAGAAAUUCAAGACUCCGUGGCGUCGUUUUUUUACCUCCAUGCCGGUCUAUGCUAUCAUUGUGGCAAACUUCUGCCGCAGCUGGACCUUCUACCUGCUCCUUAUCAGCCAGCCGGCGUACUUUGAGGAAGUGUUUGGCUUCCCCAUCAGCAAGGUGGGGAUCCUGUCUGCUGUCCCCCACAUGGUGAUGACGAUUAUCGUCCCGAUCGGUGGACAGCUUGCAGAUUUCCUACGGAGUAAAAAAAUUAUGUCAACAACAAAUGUGAGGAAACUCAUGAACUGUGGAGGGUUUGGAAUGGAGGCCACUCUUCUGUUAGUGGUUGGUUUUUCUCACACUCGAGGAGUCGCCAUUUCCUUCCUUGUGUUGGCGGUGGGCUUCAGUGGAUUUGCCAUUUCAGGUUUUAAUGUCAAUCAUUUGGAUAUUGCUCCUCGCUAUGCCAGUAUUCUGAUGGGUAUUUCCAAUGGAGUCGGGACGUUAUCUGGCAUGGUGUGCCCGCUAAUCGUAGGAGCCUUGACUAAACACAAGACUCGCUUGGAGUGGCAGAAUGUCUUUGUCAUCGCUGCCAUGGUGCAUUACACAGGAGUCAUCUUCUAUGCUAUCUUUGCAUCAGGGGAGCAGCAGGACUGGGCCAACCCUGAGAGCCUGAGCGAGGAUAAAUGUGGCAUCAUCGAUGAGGACGAGCUGGCUGAGGAGUCAGAGUUAACCAAUGACUGUGCCUUGGCUUCCAAAAAGAGCUACGGGACAACAGACAAUUCGUAUGGUCAGAAGCAGGGCUGGAAAAAGCAGAGAGGGGUAACGAUGAAGGGCGAGGAAGAACACUUUAGUAAUGGAGAUUACCAGGAUGGAUACCAGUGAGACAACACAUUGAUUGAAUUUAAAGGAUUCCCAGAACACUUUGAUAAACUCAGAUUUUACUUUCUGGAUACAACAGAAGCUGCAGCAUCAUCAGCAUCUCAAGGAAACCAUUUUCAGCUUUGUCCGAAGAAUAUAGAAUACUGUGCAAAAGUUUCAAACCAUUUUUAAUUCUGCA